GAGAAAUAUUGCUUUCAAAGAAUGACAACAGCUGCUUCAGCAAGUGGAUUUGCUGUGCAAGAGGUCAUUAUUUACAGCUGCCAGCUUUAUUGAAUUCUUCCUUACAUUUCAUCCUUAUUUUCUUUUAGAAGCGGCAAAACAACUUAGGGUUGAUGUUUUGUGUGCCAUCAAGUGAAAUUGGGGCCAUCAUGAAUAUCACCAAGGGUGGGCUGGUGCUGUUCUCAGCUAAUUCCAACUCCUCGUGCAUGGAACUGUCCAGGAGGAUUGCUGAGCGCCUGGGAGUGGAGAUGGGGAAGGUUCAGGUUUAUCAAGAGGCAAACAGAGAAACACGAGUGCAGAUUCAGGAGUCUGUGAGAGGGAAGGAUGUGUUUAUCAUCCAGACAGUUUCAAAGGAUGUGAAUACCACCAUCAUGGAGCUCCUGAUCAUGGUGUAUGCAUGUAAAACCUCCUGUGCCAAAAGCAUUAUUGGAGUGGUUCCUUACUUCCCCUACAGCAAACAGUGCAAGAUGAGGAAAAGGGGCUCCAUUGUCUCCAAGUUGCUGGCCUCGAUGAUGUGCAAAGCUGGGCUAACUCAUCUUAUUACCAUGGAUCUACAUCAGAAGGAAAUUCAGGGUUUCUUCAAUAUUCCAGUUGAUAACUUGAGAGCAUCUCCAUUUUUACUCCAGUACAUCCAAGAAGAGAUACCAGACUACAGGAAUGCUGUAAUUGUGGCCAAAUCUCCUGCAUCUGCCAAGAGGAUGACAUCAUAGAUGACGUUGACACCUUCCUGGCUGCAGCUGAGACCCUCAAGGAGAGAGGGGCCUACAAGAUCUUUGUGAUGGCCACCCAUGGCCUGCUGUCCUCUGAUGCUCCCCGGCUGAUCGAGGAGUCUGCCAUCGAUGAGGUGGUUGUUACAAACACGAUUCCACAUGAAAUACAAAAACUUCAGUGCCCUAAAAUCAAGACUGUGGAUAUCAGCAUGAUCCUGUCAGAAGCCAUUCGCAGGAUCCACAACGGGGAGUCCAUGUCCUACCUUUUCAGGAAUAUAGGAGUGGAUGAUUAAAGCUCAUUCCUCUAAAUAAACACCCGGGCCAAACUGGAAGCGAACAGAGAACGAGCUGUGAAGCGUUGUGCUUACCUUAAUAUUUCCAUUGAGCCACUUCUUGUUUUCUCUUGGUUUAAGUAUCAAGGUAGAACAGUUUUUGAGACCUUUUUUUUUUUCCUUUGCAGGGUUUUUUUUGAAAUUGGGGGGUUGGUGGGAAUAAACGUUUUACAGAAAAACUGUUCUAGUUGCUUUUAGGGUAGUUGCACUAUACACGAUGGAAAAAUCCCACAAAACACUUGAGGCAAGAAUUUGGCUUCUAAAUUAAGCAUUCCUUUUCCAAAGCUGCUUGCUACAAGUGCUUUAAAUGAUAAUACAAUGAAGUGACUGUAUAAUAUUUGCAUUUUAAAAGCCAAAAAGGUCGUACUGUUGUAUGCAGUCCAGUGAUUUUGUAGGAGUGCUUUUAUAGAAAAGCAUAUGGAAUAUGCACCUGUAUUUAUUUUCUGCGACAAAGAAUAAAAACUUGUUUUGUGUGAGCUUUCUAAAAAUG